CGGGAGGACCAGAGGGCAGCGAGCUAAACGCUAUCUCAUUGCACCUUCAAUGACUGAAUUAGACGUUGCCGUUCAGGCAUUAACUUUUUGGACGCCUUCUGUGAUUGCCACCAGUUGACGAGACUUUCUAUUUAGCACCGUUGGUUUCUUUGUUAACCAAGCGUCGAGUACUAAGCGGGCAACGAUAUGAGCCUGGUCCUUUCUCAACAACAGGUGACCGCUGAAGGUCUCCUGGCCCUGGCUCCCACAGUAACUCAGAGCGAUUCGGACAGUGGAAUGGGCUCUCCAGCAGAGAAGAGAGUGCAGGAGACGGCAAACAAUAGAGAGGAGCAUCCAGAUUCUGACGAGGAAGAAGACAUUAAAAUUCGCAGAAAGCCUCGCCGUAAUGCAAUCAGAGACAGUGACAGCGAAGAGGAGGAGGCGACCGUGGAAGAAGCAUUCGUAUUGGCUGCUUCUAGUGGAGAGGAGAUAGAAACGGAUAAGAAACAAGAGGUUCAAAAGAUUAGGAGACGGAUUUCUGCUCUCACUGAUGACGAAGACAGCGAACCUGAGCAAGAGGACAAUGAGCAGCAACAGGACACGAACAAGGGUCCAAAAACAACAAAAGACCAGAAAAAGAGGGAGAAGAGCCAGAGGCACCGAGACAAAAAGGAGAAGUGUAGUAAAACAGUACAAAAAUUGAAGCAGAAAGAUAGAUUCUCAGACCUGAAUGAAGGUACACCUCUCCCCGGUACUAUGAAUGACAGCGGCUGCCUUUUGGGUGAUACCGAUCUCUUUGACGCUGGUAUCGAUGAGGAGGAGGAGGAGUCACUGGAUUCCAUUCGCGCAGCUGUCAAACAAAAGAUGAAAAAGCACAAGGAACCUUUUUUGGAUGACGAAGAGGAAGGUGAUCAAGCACAAAAGCCCAAGCGUGUAGAGAGAAAAGCUGCUCGAGCAAGUAAAGAGGCGAUGAAGCAGCUCCACAGUGAGUCUCAGAGGCUGGUCAGAGAGUCCGAUCUUGGCCUGCCAUACCACAUCCCGGAGCCAAAGACCAUCAGCCAGUUCUUUAAGAAGAGAGCCAGGCCCGAGGGCCCUGCCAUGUCGCUCUUAAAAUCUAGACAGUAUUCUGCAGUAAUGUUGGAUACACCGACGCCACCACUACCUCCAGCCAACCCCAUCAGUGAAGCCCAGCAGCCGCCCGCAGAGCAAGCCUCUGCUCCCACUAUACACGAUACACUCUCUCAAUUUAAACCGUUACCUGAGCCUGCCGCCACAUCGUCGCCGCAGCAGGAGAGCCUGAGUCAGGCACGAGAGGCCGCUGCUGAGAGCUUAGAACCCGACCGGGAUUCUGCACCUAUGCUUUAUCUCUCAGAGAGUUUGCAGGAGUCGAUUACAGCAGAUUCUUCAGUGACACCUAUAUUUGAAGAAGAGGCUGUUACCAAACAAACUGAAGCUCUAUGUAAUGUCCAGCAAGCAGAGGAUGGACCCACAGCUAAGUUUGAACCUCCAGCUACGUCUUGUAUUGAUCCUGUGUCUGCCGAGCCUACCGCUCAGACGGCCACCAAGCCCAAAAAGGACAAAUUAGCCCGAUUGAAGGAGCUUGGACUGGAGCCCCCACCUGUUGCUAAAUUGUGCGCCAGUGCAGGAGCUUUUGUACUGCUUGAACCAGCAUCACACAAUAAAGGUGUUGAGGCUCUGAAGGAGCGGUACCUUCGUCACAUCCAUGCUCCGGUCCGACCGCAAGGAGAGCGUGCGCUGCAGAUCAACAUCGUCCGUAAAGACACCACCCCCUCUGGCAAGGAGGAGUUGCAUGCCGAGUCUUUUACUGUCAUUGUUAAAGACGGACAAGAGGAGCCCGUGCCAACCAAACCUGGAGAGAAACUGUUGACCCUGAAGCAGCGACUGCAGCUCGCCAUGGCACAGCGGAGACAGGAGGAGCGGGUGCGCAAGGCCGAGUUGAAUCGCCUCGAUAAUGAAGACUGCGACGAGGAAGAGGAGGAGGAAGAAAUGACAGAUGAGGACGAAGAGGGUGUUGAUGACUUAUUGGGAGGCAACGACGAAGAUGAUGCUGAAGAAGAGGAGGAUGGCAGCGUAGUCCAGAGUAUCCGAAGUCUUUCUCCUGUGGCACUGAAUUGCCCGUCAGUAACACCGGACCUAAUUAACACUGAUGGAACACUAAUACUGUUCCCUGGCAACUCCUGCUCUCGCACUGGUGAUGGUGGAAGAAGAUCUGGUGCAGGACAGUACGGUGCUAGUAAACUGGAAGAGGAUGACUCUCUGUCCCUAAUGAAGGACAACAGCCACAACAGCAGCUUUGAGCUGGCCGGAUCCAUGAUCACUUCUUACCAACCGGUCAGCCAUCAGCGUACAGGAAGAGGCGCUUCCAACUCCAACUCCAACUCCCUGUUCCGCUCACCUUCUCCGUGCCUCUUCAGGCCCAGUAUCCUCAGCUCUGCUUCCAAGAGCUCUGGUAAACUGUCCGAGCCCUCGCUCUCGCUGUGCCUACCGGUUGAGGACUCCCAAGAUUUGUAUGCCCCUCCCUCCCCAGUGGACUCUGAGCCCUUAGGUGAAGUAGUUACUGGGCCAAGCGCCCUGGGCGGAGACUCUCAAGGUCGCUUCUCUCUAGAAGACUAUGCUCACUCCCAGUUACUUGACGCGGAUGGCUUCCUCAAUGUGGGUCCGCGACCCGGUGCCGUCCACUCCCACAAGAGAAAGUUGAUCCUAGACAGUCUGGACGAAAAUGCAAUGGACGCCAACAUGGGGGAGCUUUUAGGGUUGUGCUCUGGUGUUUUCGGGAUGGCGCAGAGCGGCUGCAGAGGCGAAGCGGCACCAGCCGCUGGUGAAACGCAGGCAGAGGAACUUCUCGGACUAUGCUCAGGAGCGUUUCCAGCAACACAAGCCGCAGAGCAAUCGCAGACCGAUGAGAGUAAGGAGCAAGAGCAGGAUGAAGACACUGGAAACACCAUGGAUCCACUACUUGGCCUGUGUUCUGGCAAAUUUCCAAGCUCAGGUUCUUCCCACAUGGGUUCACCAGCACAAGAUGUGUCAGCACAAGAGAGUAGUAAAAAGACACCACAGGAUGAUGAUGAAGAGGACUGUGAGUUUCGGCUUCUGUCUGACGUGGAAGACGAAGACGGCGAUGAGGAGGAUGACGAAGCCGAUAGUGGUGAAGAAGACGAAGAAGAGAAUGAUGAGGUCGAAAAGGAGGAGAUGAAUGCAGUGUUUGCACAAAAUCUUGUUCGGAAGAAAAAGAAGAUACGGCUUACCGACUACGUGGACUCCGAAGCGGAACUGUCAGGCAGUGACGAGGGCAGUGGCGAUGAAGACGACGAAGGAGGGAGCGAGUAUGAGGAAGAGGAGCUUCUGGAGGAUCUUCCCUCUGAUGAAGAGCUACAUGACCAGGUCAACAAGAUCCACAUGAAGCAGAUAAUGGACGACGAUAAACGACGUCUGAGGCUGUACCAGGAACGUUACCUCGCGGAUGGCGAUUUACAUUCUGACGGUCCUGGAAGAGCUCGCCGCUUCCGCUGGAAAAAUAUAGAUGAUAACUUCAACACAGACAGGAGUGGAGCUGAGGGGGACGAGGAGCAUGAGGAUGACGAUGACAUAGAUCAGAUUGAGAUCCAGAAAAGGAAGGAUAGACUGGAGAGGGAACAGUGGCUCAGAGAACAGUCCCAACAGAGAGCCAAGAAAGUGGCGGAUUUGGAUGAGGAGGAUGAGAAUAUUGGGGAGGAAGAUAGUCAGUUUAUGAAGUUGGCCAAGAAGUUGACUGCUAAGACUCUACAGAAGAAAGAGCUUCCUGUAGCGCCGCCGCCGCCACAAAAGACAUCAUCAACCCUCAAUCCCUUCCUGCGACCCUCACAGGUUAAAAGAGGUUCCCUGCUGAGUCAACCUCAGUCUGUCCUUACCAAAUUGGCGUCCAUAUCUGAGGGAAACCCGCUGGCACCCAGAAACAGUCGAGGAUUCCUCUUUCAGACGUUAUCUCCAGAGAAGGGCGGCUCAACUAGGGAUGCCUCCCAGAAUCACACGGCGAAGAGGAGGAGGAACACGGGAGCAGUAACCCCAGCAGCCAAGAGAGUCUGCAGGCAGGACACGACUGCGGGACAUGCUAAGGGACCCCAGAGAAGCAUUUUUAGCUUCUUGGAGCACUGAAUUGGGAACAUAGUGCUGAUGAGUAUUAACAGUGUCCAUGAGGCAACUUGUCGUUUGUUGAGCCGUUUUCUACAGCUCGUGUUUGAAUUUUAAAAUCCGUGUUGCGUUAGACUGGUAGCCAGCUAAUUGUACAAUUGACUUUUGUUUUCUUUUUUUAGGCUGGUUGUUGCCUGUCCAUUCAGUUUUAUUAUGUAA